CCCACCUCUCAAUAGCUCUCUUCUUUAAAUUCAAAGACCUGCGCAGGUGGGACACAUGUGUCCUGUCGCCCACUCGAGAGGAAUGAAGUACGACAUUCGACCCGCCACCCGGGCGGACGUGUCGAACAUAUAUGGCAUGAUCAAGGAACUGGCCUGCCAUGAGCACAAGGCUGAGCAGGUGAAGACUUCACUGGAAGACCUGGAGCGUCAUGGUUUCUGCCAGAACCCCGUCUUCCACUGUCUGGUCGCAGAAGUUCCUGAUGAGCGCCGAGAAGAAGCCAAAACAGCCGGAUACGCCCUCUAUUAUUACACGUACAGCACGUGGUCGGGCCCGUCGCUGUACCUGGAGGACCUGUACGUGAAACCAGACUACAGAGGGAUGGGCAUCGGCAAGCAGCUGCUGGCAAACGUUGCCAAAGUGGGGAGGGACAACAGCUGCGUGCAUCUGCAGCUGACGGUCUCUGAGGGCAACGCUUCAGCACGAGCCUUCUAUGAUGCCAACGGAGGGCAGGACCUGACGGGGAAGGAAGGAUGGCACAUGAUUCGGUUCAGCAGGGAGGACUUUAAGAAUCUGGCGAGUGAAGCCAUGUGACUCAAAUCCAGUUGGGUUCCUCUUCAUCUCCACCACGAGCCGAGCGUUGCUCUGCAAACCUGCUGAGCAUCUUAGCUGUUUCCUGCAGGACAACUGAGGCCUUGAGAAGAAACUUCUCUUUUAAACCAAAGCUUUAGAUAGAGAGAAAAAACACCUUUGUAUCUUAUAUUUACAUGUCCUACCAAGUUAUGUAGGACAUAUAAAUACUAUUUUCCUCUUGUUCUCUGUUA